AUGGGUCAUUUAAUAACUGUUGCAACUUGUUCUUUAAAUCAAUGGGCGUUAGAUUUUGAGGGUAAUUUAGAACGUAUACUUGAGAGUAUCAGAAUUGCAAAAGAACACGGUGCUAGAUUACGUGUUGGACCUGAACUUGAAAUAACUGGAUAUGGUUGUUAUGAUCACUUUCUCGAAGAUACAUACUUACAUUCAUGGGAAAUUUUGGCAAACAUUUUAGUUCAUGAAUACUCACAAAAUAUAUUACUUGAUAUUGGAAUGCCAAUAGUUCAUAAAAACGUCAAUUACAAUUGUCGUGUGAUAAUUCUUGAUGGAAAAAUAUUAUUGAUUAGGCCAAAAUUAUACUUAGCUAACGAUGGUAAUUAUCGCGAGAUGCGUUAUUUUGCUGCUUGGUCACCAGUUGGACAUGUCGAAAAUCAUUAUUUACCCAGAAUUAUUAGAAAAAUUACUGGACAAGAAACAGUUCCAAUUGGUGAUGCUGUAAUUUCUACUAUAGAUACUUGUGUUGGAAUAGAAUUAUGUGAAGAGUUAUUUACUCCUAAUAGUCCACAUAUUAAUAUGGGGUUAGAUGGCGUAGAAAUAUUUACAAACAGUAGUGGUAGUCAUCAUGAAUUGCGCAAAUUAUAUACAAGGAUUGAUUUAAUUAAAGAAGCAACUUUAAAGAAUGGUGGAAUAUAUUUAUAUGCUAAUCAACAAGGUUGUGAUGGUGAUCGUUUAUAUUAUGAUGGAUGUGCUUUAAUAGCUGUAAAUGGUAAAAUAGUUGCUCAAGGGUCUCAAUUUUCACUUAAAGAUGUGGAAGUCUUGACAGCAACAAUUGAUGUUGAAGAUGUUAGAUCUCAUCGUGGAUCAAACAUUAGUAGAAGUUGUCAAGCAGUCAACACAAUUACUUAUACUCGUAUAGAAGCUCCAAUAGAAUUAUCUGAACCGGAAUUAAAUAUUAAAUCAAAAAUCAAACCAACAAAGCCGAUCAAAGAAUUUUAUCAUACAGCUGAGCAAGAAAUUGCGUUAGGUCCAGCUUGUUGGCUUUGGGAUUAUUUACGUAGAUCAAAAACAAAUGGUUAUUUUCUGCCUCUUAGUGGUGGAAUUGAUAGUUGUGCUACAGCAAUUAUUGUUUAUUCAAUGUAUAAAAAGGUUAUCAGUGAUGUCAGAAGAAUUGUUGGUGAAGAAUUGGAUUCUAAUUAUAUUCCAACUGAUCCAAGAGAAUUAUCAAAUUAUAUGGGUACCGAGAAUUCAAGUGAAGAGACAAGAAAACGCGCUAAAAAUUUAGCAGAUUCUAUAGGCAGUUAUCAUUUAAACUUCAAUAUUGAUACAAUUAUAACUUGUAUAUUAACGUUAUUUACAAUGGUAACUAAUAAAACACCAAAGUUUCGUGUAUAUGGUGGAAGCAAUGUUGAAAAUCUUGCUUUGCAAAAUAUUCAAGCAAGAUUAAGAAUGGUAUUAUCAUAUUUAUUUGCACAAUUAUUACCAUGGGUAAGAAACCUUACUGGCUCUUUGUUGGUGCUUGGUUGUUCCAAUGUUGACGAAUGCUUAAGAGGUUACCUAACAAAAUAUGAUUGUUCGAGUGCUGACAUUAAUCCAAUUGGGGCAAUAAGUAAAAUUGAUUUAAGAAAAUUUAUAGAAUAUGCAAGAAAUGAAUUUGGGCUUUCUAUAUUGGACGAGUUGAGUAGUAAUCAUGAACCAUAUUUGAUUAUGAUAUUUAAAUUUCUUAAUGCCACACCAACAGCAGAACUUGAACCAAUAACUAAGGAUUAUGUACAAUCCGAUGAAGCCGAUAUGGGAAUGUCAUAUGCAGAAUUAUCUGUCUUUGGUAGAUUACGUAAAUUAAAUCGAUGUGGUCCUUUCUCAAUGUUUACAAAAUUAGUUCAUGAAUGGAGCUCAGAAUUAUCACCAACAGAAAUAUCAAGAAAAGUGAAAAAAUUUUAUUAUUAUUAUUCGUUAAAUCGACAUAAAAUGACUACGAUAACACCUUCUUAUCAUGCAGAAUCUUAUAGUGUUGAUGAUAAUAGAUUUGAUCUGAGACCUUUUCUUUAUGAUACAGGAUGGUCUUGGCAAUUUAAAAAAAUUGAUGAUUUUGUUAAAGAAUUGGAAGAAAAAAAUUAG